AUGAUCCUCGUCGCCAUCUUCGUCUUUACAUAUUAUACUACCUGGGCUAUGCUACUUCCUUUCCUUGACAAGUCAAAUCCACUCCACGAUUUGUUCCCACCUCGUGAAUGGGCUGUCCGCAUCCCUGCUUUCCUCUUCGUUGUCGGCCUUUCAGGCAUUGGCUCUUUCAUUGGUGUAACAGUUGUGAAGGAAAAUAGGAAGAAAGCUUUGAAGGCUCGUCAGCGAACGGCAUGA